GGACCCACCUAGAAUCAGAAUCCUAACAGAUUUCUUCCAAACGCCGCCGUUUUGAGCUUUCACUCUCCCUCUUGAUCUUUCUCCCCCUCCUCCUCCUUUAAAUUCUCCAUUACUUUCGCCCAAACUCUGAAACUCAAAAGAGAAAAUUUUUAAACGAAACCAUGUGUUUGAUUGUAGACGGAGAGCACCAGAACGACGACGUGUUGGUUCUGCCUACGAAUUUCUCAAUGGUUGAAGACGGCAUUUACCGAUCCGGGUUCCCCAGACCCGAAAAUUUCGGGUUCUUGAAAACCCUAAAUCUUCGAUCCAUUAUAUAUUUGUGUCCGGAGCCUUACCCUGAAGAAAAUUUGAAGUUUCUUGGAGCUCAGAAUAUUCAACUCUUUCAGUUUGGAAUUGAAGGCAAAACGGAUCCCCUUGUAUGUGUUCCCAGGGAUACUAUCAUGGCUGCUUUGAAAAUUUUAAUUGAUGUGAGAAAUCAUCCAGUUUUGAUACAUUGCAACCGUGGAAAGCAUCGGACGGGUUGCCUUGUUGGUUGCUUGAGAAAACUGCAAAACUGGGUCCUAUCUUCUGUGUUUGAGGAGUACCAGCAUUUUGCCGGCCGGAAAUCCAGGACAACAGACCUAAAGUUCAUCGAGACAUUCAAUAUCAAGAGCCUGAAGCAGUGCCUUCACAGCAUUAUCUACCAGUACCAAGGUUAUGGUUCAAAGAAGAGGCGGUUACUUUACCAGGAAGAAAAUUUAUCGAAACCCCAAGUCACUUCACUAUAGCUAGCUAAUUAGCAAGAAGCUUUCUUCCACCUUAUAGUUUUUGGUUCUUCUACACAAAUUCUUUGUUACAUAAUCUUUAUGACCCAUAGUAUGGUUACCGACUUUUAGUUUUUUAGGUUGCUUUUAUACAGCUUCUGUUAAAAGAUUAUAAAAAAAUAAAAAAAAAUUAUGUCAUUUUUUUUUAUUGUUUCAUAACUUUGAUUGUUCAAAAUCUCAAACCUUUUGUGUAGUUUGGUUAUAGUAUAUAUA